CUAAAUUUUCAAUUCCCUUAUCAUGGUUUUCCCUAUUUUUCAAUUCUUUAAACCCCAACAAUUCCCAUUUUUGUAGGUUUAGACCCCCGAAUCGAAAAUAAUUUUGGACAAAAAAAAUGGCUAACGAUGCUUUGAGGACAGGGUUCAUGACCGUUUUUGUUGUAUCCGGAAGCGUUGUGCUUCUUGCUCACCAGUUUCAUAAACACCUUCUUUCCGACUUUAUGAAAAAGAUGGAAUUCGAAUUGGGUCCCACCAAGAGCCAAACAAAGAAGAAGGUGAGAUUCUCCAAUGAAGCAUCAAAGGUUUUAUCAGCCAGUUAUAAAGAAAGCCAGUGGUCGAAGGUGGCAAUGGUUGACAUGGAGGACUUCUGUGGGGAUAAAAAGAAAUGCAGGAAGACAAUGCCUCUUAAUUGGCAGGUUAUGUAUAAAGGGAUCAUAGACUACAGGAAUUCAAUAUAUAUCCAAUAAAAUCUUUUCUCAUAUCGGUGGUUGCCUUCAUUGUGGUUGAUGGUGGUGGGAAUGAUAGGGAAAAUUGUGUUGUUUUCUUUUGUCUAAUUAUUUUUUCAAUCUUAAUUGAUGUAAAACAUUCACUUGCUACCAUUUUGGCACAAGUAUUGAAAGCUAAAAUAAUUUUAUU